AUGCAUGCUGCUACGGAGGGCCCUCAGGCCCGACGCGCGGUGCCGGCCCCCUGUACUCCCUUUCCGUCUCUCCCCUUCCUAACAGACGCAUAUCUCCCUGCGCCGCAGUGUGCUGCAGCAGCGCAGCAGCAGCUGCUGCUGCUGCAGCCGGGCGCCGUAACCGAUCCCGUCUGUGCUGCUGGGGCAGAGCGACUGAUUGUCCCAGGGGCUGAAGGGUGGGCAGACUCCAGUGGGCCCCUGCAGCAGCUGCAGCUGCUGGGGGGCCCCCGCGAUGGAGAGGUGGGGGAGUUUCUGUCUGGGGCCCCCGACCCCACGUCGUUUGCAGCGUCCUAUUUUUCUCAUCUUUGCUCGCAUUCCUUAGACAACCCCCAGACGCCUACAACGACAAACUCUCAUUCUUCUCUAUCUCCCAUUCAACUGGCCGCAAUUCCCGAGACAGGAAGCGGCAGCAGCGUCGUUGGUGCUGCUCCUCCAGGGGGGGUUCCUCUCUACUGUGGAGCGCCUUUCCCCUUCUCGGUGCCGAGCCCCUUGACUUGCGGCCUCGCGCCAGAGGGGCCCCCAAGGGCCCCCAACCCAGCAUACACCCUGCCGCAGCAAACUGCUACGCAGGACACACAUGGUCUCGGGUCCGACUAUAUCAGAUUCACGACGGAACUCUGCGAACACUGCGCCACCAUGAGGGAUAUAGUGACUGAUAAUCUGUCUUUCACUGAUAAGCUGAAUUCAACGAUGGAUAGAGCCGCUGUAUCCGCUGGCCAAGUGAUUCACGAGCAGCAAAAAUUGCUGCUCUCUGCGAACCAGCAGAAGCAUCUGGUUGCCGACAGCAAAGUCAUUCAUUCAAAGGUGCACACACUCCACCGCAUUCUGCAGAAAGAUAUCCCGCAGUACAACCAGUGGCUCGAAAAACACCCCAUCCUUAAAGAGCACAUUCAUCAGCUCGAGCAGCAGCACAGGGAUUUCGUGGGAUCCGGGGAUCGGGAGGGGAACGAAGACGUUCCCGACUCCGCACGCAACAGCGCCGUUAGCCGCCGUCGCAGCAGCAGCAGCAGCAACCACAGCAAACGGCGAAAGAGCAUGCGACAGUACAAACGGCAGCAGCUUGCUGCUCUGCCUCCAGAGUCAACAGAGGGAUUACCGCUCCCCGUCGUGAAGACCGAGCGGACGACAAGUUGCACUUAA